AUGAACAGCACCGACGGGUCAGUGUCCUCGGUCAUGGAAGAACCGCCGCCCGCGUCAUCCAAGGAUUCGACCCAAACCGAGACGACAACGACGAAGACGAGACCGCGCACAGAGUCCACUGCGAAGAAGGAAGCUGCUGAAAUCGUCCGCAAGCUCUCUGCAUCACAAAUUCAAGCAUUGGCUGCUUCGCCCGAAUCGCUGCCUGUUGCGGUGAUGCCCCCCCAACAGCGGAAGCCGAACGGGAGCGAAUACCCCAUGUCUGCUAGUAUCGCCGAGUCUGCGUCGCGGCCUUUGAUGGCCGGACAACUGCAAAAUGAGAUACAGGGCCAUGCACAGGAUCAAACACCUACAUCAGCGGCAGAAAAUCAUUCUGAUCCGCUGCGUCCCCAUCAGCCUAAUACUGCGCCGCUUCGAAGCGCAGCUGACUUCCGACGACGUCCAGCGUCCUCGCGGACGCUCUCUACACCUCCUAUCAACCGGAAGACUUCUAGCACCACUUUGGGCCUCAUAGCACCAGUGUCGACUCGUCGCAACUCGUAUAACCCUGGACCACGACCUCCUCCAUUGAACCUCAGUGGCUCGAGCAAUCUUCCGUCGGUUCCUCAACGGGCGCCCAUGCCUCCCAAGGCUGAAGAUGCCCAAGAUGCCGAGCACAUCGAGUCUUCACCUGCUCCCAUACAACAUUCCAUACCUCUCCCACCCAUGUCUUUGCACACGCACCUUCAGCUCGAACUAGCUGGUGUACGGCCCAGUCCACUGUACAUCUACCGUCAUAAGUCGGCCGAUGCGCCCUACGAGUCAAGCGCAGUCAAGUUUGAACGCCUGCUGAAUGCCCUGAUCAUGCCCUACUAUUUGGAAUCAACUCUGACCUUUGGCGCCCUAGCAUGCCUAGACGCAUUUCUCUACACGUUUUCUCUCCUGCCCAUGCGGUUUUGCAUUGCCAUCGGCGUCCUCGUCAAAUGGUGGGCAUACAUCGUCUGGAAGGAGAUGAAAUGGGUUGUAGGCUAUGUUUGGCAGGGCAUUUGGCGGCUCUGGAAGAGAGGUCGCCGUGGGAGAAGCAUAUCGCGCGACGCCCAAAGCAGGACCGACGGUAGCCAAGCCCCAAGCGAGGUGGACAGAAGCCGCAGUCGACCAACGGAAAAUGGACAUGCAUCACCAGACGCAACGGCUGGCCCCAUGGCGGAAAACACCCCGCGACACAAUGCCAACGGAGCUCUACAUCCACCCAAGCAUGCCAUAGCUAGAAAUACACGCACCGGAUACCGGCAUCGCAGAACAAAGUCGAUACCCUCGAACCUCACGUCUUACCACAAGGCAGAUCUGCUGCAAGGCGCUGUCAUCAUCUGUAGUUCUCUGGCAUUGAUGAACGUUGAUGCUAGUCGCAUGUACCAUUUCAUCCGCGCCCAGUCAGCCAUGAAGCUUUACGUCAUCUACAACCUUCUCGAGGUUGGUGACCGCCUUCUCGCGGCUAUCGGUCAGGAUAUUCUCGAAUGCCUCUUCAGCUCCGAGACGUUGUCAAGGAAUAGCUUUGGCCGCUCCAAGAUUAUUUUGCCAUUCGGGAUGUUCAUCCUGUCCCUGAUCUACAACGUUAUCCAUGCUAUAUGCCUCUUCUACCAAGUCAUCACCUUGAAUGUGGCUGUCAACUCGUACUCCAACGCGUUGCUUACCCUAAUAAUGUCGAACCAGUUUGUCGAGAUCAAGGGCAGCGUUUUCAAGAAGAUCGAAAAGGAGAACCUCUUCCAGCUCACCUGCGCUGACGUUGUCGAACGCUUCCAACUCUGGGUUAUGCUGUUGAUCAUCGCCAUGCGGAAUAUCGUCGAAGUCGGCGGCAUUUCCGUGCCGGGUGCGGGUAGCGAGGCUGAUGGCAGUGCUUUGGGCUCUGGGCCGCUUCACACCGCAUCUAUCCUGCCCGCGAGCUUUACCAUCAUCCCGUCCUGGCUGAUGUCGGGCGAGGUACUGUCACCGUUCUUGAUUGUCAUCGGCAGUGAAAUGCUAGUCGAUUGGAUCAAGCAUGCCUACAUCAACAAAUUCAACAGCGUGAAGCCUAGGCUCUACCAUAGAAUGCUUGACAUUUUCUGCAAAGACUACUAUACCAACGCAUUCGGCGCUCCCGCCCUUACAAGGCGCAUCGGGCUCCCACUUCUUCCACUCUCGUGCCUCUUCAUCCGUGCCUCGGUGCAAAUUUACCACAUGUUCCUAGCCACGCGUUUACCACCGCCACUAUCACCUACGGCAACCACCGAGCUGUCUCUGGAAUCAUCAACCCCAUCCUCUCCUGCCAUGAUUGCAGCUUUAGACCGCCUCGACUCGCUCAUCCGUAAUGCUCUCGGACGAGCUGUUUACGGGUACCCCUACGCCAACCCACAUGUUCGCCCGUUCUGGGCUUUUACUAGUGACGACGCAAUUGCCAUGGUUACCAUGAUUAUUGUGUUUUUCUUGGCUUGGGUUGUUCUAUUGCUCUUGAAGCUAGUGCUUGGUAUGGCCUUGCUCAAGUAUGCGAGGGAGAACUACGCUACUGUAAGGAUGCAGGAGCUGAACAUCAAUCACAAGCACCCAGAUAAGAAAGAAAACUCUUAUUACCAACCUGGCAAACGGAUUGGUGGGUGGGGGCAUGUUGAGGUUGGCGACGAGAGGAGGCGUAUGAUUUAUGCAGACGAUCCUGAGGGGCUGAAGAGGAUGCGGGAACGGGAACGCAAGGGCGAGGAGGCGUCCAAGAAGAUGGUGCCUGGCGAAGAUGGACUCGAGAAAGUCAGCAGGUAUGAGAUGAUUGCUAAACGGAUAUGGUAG